CGUAGAUCGUAGCCGACCUCAUUCCUAUUCAUCUAAACGACGGAGAUCGCAGAGUCCCCCGACCUCCAGGUUUCCGUUUCACCACAAAUCCAUCAAACGUAGCACCUCUCGUCGCCGAUCGGCCUCGUCUCUGCAUCUACCACGUUGUGGAAGCUUCUCAACUCUCACCAAACUCUUCUCUCACAAAACCAACGAUCCUAAAGAGUUCUCCAGAUUGCUAGUAGGGCUAUGGCUAAGCGAAAGAAAAAGAAAUUGCGAAUGACUACCAAUGAGGGAGGUAUGACAAGAAAGAAGCAACACGUUCAAGCUGGUACUAGUAGCUCAAAUACAGGAACUUUUAAUGAAUCUAGAGAUGGAAACUCAGAAGGCAGAAUCUAUGAUUGCACUAUACAAGAUUCUCAUGGUAAUCGAAGGCGUGGAAAGACCAUUCUAGCAGAUGUGUGGAAUCUGCCUGAAGGGAACCGUAUUGUCAUUGAUGUCAAUAAAGAGAACCAACCCAUUGGAGAUGAAGGAGGUGUAUUAGGCUCUUUUUGUGGGACAAUUGCAAGGAAUGGAACGCUUUGCUCCUUAAGUUUUACAAGAUGGGAUCACUUGAAAAAAGGCAAUAAUCGAAACAACCAAGCCAUCAUACUAAAAGAAGUUCAGGAUCGGUUUCUUUAUCCUAAAUCACUUGACAAAUGGAUACUGAAAUCAAUUGGACAUAAAUGGAGGGACUACAAAUGCGUCUUGAAAGGAAAGUGGUAUGAUGAUGCUAAAAAUAUUACUAUAUUGCAUGAUAACUAUCCUGAAGAUGUAGAAAAGGAUCAAUGGAUUAGCCUUGUCAACUUUUGGAGGUCAGAUGAAGGACAGAAGAGAAGCAAAUCAAGUAAAGAAUCGCAUAAGAAAGCUAAGGUGAAGCCGAUUUCUACCACUGGUACUAAAAGUCAUGCCCGUGUUCGUGAAGAGAUGAAACAACGCUUAAACAAGAGCCCAACACGAACUCAGGUUUAUUUAGAAUGUCAUCAACAUGAAAAUGAAGCAGAAAUAACGAGUCAAAUUAGGAAUAUCGCUGCUGAAAUAGGUGAUGAAGAAGUGAGCUUAGAUGAUGAUCCCG